AUAGCCGCCUCGGCCAUUCAAAUACCUCCUGAUCAGGCGUAGAUGUUCUAAAGCCAAAUCAACAGAAAAGAAAGAGGAGGAGAAUAUGGCUCGGUCUAACGCCGGAGACGGAGUAGGAGCCACCGGAAUGGCAGAGGCUCCUCUGAACAACGAAAUGAUGUUUCAUAGGAGCAUGAGCACCAGCAGCUGUUUGUUCACGGAAGACGAGGAUAUGACUCGUACAGCGCUUUCAGAGUUUAAAGCUAAAGAGAGUGAGAUCGAGAGGAGAAAGAUGGAGAUUCGUGAACGGGUCCAGGCUCAACUAGAUCGGGUUGAAGAAGAAACCCGACGCCUCGCCACAAUACGCGAGGAGCUUGAAUCUCUUGCAGAUCCCACGAGGAAGGAAGUUUUGAUGAUUCGUAAGAAGAUUGAUAGCGUUUACAAAGAGCUCAGACCAUUAAGUUACUCUGUUCAAAAGAAGCAAAGGGAAUACAAAGAAGCAGUUGAUGCAUUCAACGAGAAGAAUUUGGAGAAAAUUCAGCUGAUCACCAAACUCAUGGAGUUGGCUGGAGAAAGCGAGAAUCUGAGGUUGAAGAAGCUUGAAGAUUUGAGCAAGAGCAUUUAGUGAAUGUCUCAAAAACAUACAUGACAAAGAUCAGCCAAAGAACUUAUUGGGUUUGGAUUUUUGUUCACUGUGUGAAUUAUGAUGUAUCUUCUUGUAAAAUGUGAAAUUUAUGGGUGUUUUUCUUUGUUUUUAAUUUAUACAAAU